CUACGGUAAAAAUGUUAUGUUUAAUAUGAGCUAGUGUCGGUAUUUUAUGCAAAUUUUACAGGUGUGGAAUAUUUACUUCACCGGCUGGAAAAUAUGGCGACAACCCGUGUUUCAGUGGAAGUCACUGUACGAGAAGCUAGAGAGGAUGACUGUGAAGGUAUUGCAACUCUCAUUCAGGAACUUGCUGACUAUGAGAAAAUGCCAACUGGGCCUAAGAUAGGAGCUGAAACAUUGCGAAAAGAUGGAUUUGGUCCUGAAAAGAUGUUCCGUUGCUUCGUUGCUGAUGACAACGCAAACCUAGUUGGUUAUGCGUUGUACUUUUUCAACUACUCGACUUGGGAAGGAGUGAAUGUGUAUCUUGAAGAUCUCUAUGUUACUCCGAGCCACAGGCAACAGGGCGUAGGUGUCAGGCUGUGGAAAGCUGUUGCGAAAGUUGCGGUUGAAAGAAAUUGUAAUCGUCUAGAUUGGGUGGUCCUGGGCUGGAACAAAUCUUCUGUCGAGUUCUAUGAAGCUAAGGGAGCCGUAAACCUCACACAGGACGAAGAUUGGAAUUUGUUUAGAUUAACAGGAGACAACCUAAAAGCAUUUGCAUUGUCUUGCUAACCUUGACCCUGUGGUGGGCUACGUUUAUAUGUCAAAUAUUUACCCUUGGGGUCAAUUUGCGCCCAAGGGGGUAAAUUUGCCCCAAAGGGGGCAAUUUUAACCUGGGGUAGGUAUAUAAACGCAUUGAUAUGGUAAUUGAGAAAAAUGCGUAUUUGACAUGAAAUGCCAAUAUUUGGUGAGAAAAAUACGUUGAACGAGAUAAAAUUAUAUAUUAUAAUUAGCUACAAAUAAACAUGUACUCUUAUUAUAACUUACUAAGUGGUAUUACGAAGAAGAGAAUUUAUACAACAUGUAUAUGCCCUGAAUUUGUCAAUA